GAGCCCGAGUUUUACUGCGGUCCCGCCGACCUGCGUCGUUUCCUGGCGGCCAACUGUCCAGUCAUCAGCAGCAAAUACUGGCCAACUGUCUGGCAAAACGGUCUUCGUAACAGGUGGCAGCAGAGGAAUCGGCCGAGCUAUUGCACUGAAACUCGCCAGAGACGGCGCAAAUGUGGCUAUUGCGGCGAAAACGGUAGAGAAGCACCCAAAGCUAGAAGGGACCAUUUAUUCAGUGGCAGAAGAAAUUGAGAAAGCCGGCGGCAAAGCACUGCCCAUUCAGUGCAACGUCCUCAACGAGGAGGACGUCACAAAGGCCAUUGAGGCGACUGCCACAAAAUUCGGCGGUCUGGACAUCCUCAUCAACAAUGCCAGCGCCAUCAGCAUCACCGGAACGGAAGAUUUGCCCAUGAAGAAGUACGAUCUGAUGAACAACCUCAAUGCUCGCGGAACGUUCAUGACCAGCAAGUACGCCGUGCCGCACCUGAAGAAGAGUAGCAACGGGCACAUUCUGACGAUGAGUCCGCCUCUUCUCCUGGACCCGAAGUGGCUGAAGGACAACACCGGAUACGCCAUUGCCAAGUACGGCAUGUCGAUGUGCGUGCUGGGCAUGGCCGAGGAGUUCAAGGGCGAAAUCGCCGUGAACGCUCUCUGGCCGAGGACGAUGAUCUACACCUCGGCGAUGAACCUGUUGGGCGGCAUUGAGACGCUGGGCAAGCACGCCCGCACGCCGGACAUUCUCGCCGACGCCGCCUAUCUCAUUCUCCAGCGGAACAAGGCUACGGAGAAGGCGGGCAACUUCUUCAUUGAUGAGCCUUUCCUGCGGGAGCACGGCGUCACCGACUUUGAGGAGUACGCGGUGAAGAAGGGCGAGCAGCUGGCAGCGGACAUUUUCAUUCCCGAUGAGCUAAUGGAGGGACUCAUUGGUUUGUGA